CUUAAAAUUUUAAUUAAUGAAGGAAAAUAUGAUCCUAAUCGUGAUAUUAAGAUAAUCAAUAAACAUAUACAAGGAUUUUGUAUGUUAACUAAACAAGAAAGAAUUGGAAGAUAUAUAAAAGAAAAUGAAAAAUAUAAAACUAAAAAAGGUGUUAGUAAAAUUGCACGAAAAGAAAUACUAUCUGGAAUUAAAGGAUUAUUUAAAAACAAUACUAUGCAUUUAGAUUAUAAUAACGGAACAAUUCAAGAAGCUCUUGACUAUGUAGGAAAAGAUUUUAAUAGAUGCUUUCUACAUCAUAAUAGUAAAACUACACCAUGUAAAUGUAAUCUAUUUGAUCGUUAUGAUUACUCAGCUUGUAACUAUUGUAAUGAGAAUUGUUGGCAAUAUCGAUUACCUGCUCGAUGUGAUGAUAUAGAAAAUUCUUGUUCUUAUGAAUUUG